CUUGGAGUGUGGAAGUUGAGAUAAUUUGGUUGGCAACAAGAGUUCGAGAGAGAGAGAGAGAGAUGGCUUCACCGGGUACCAAUGGAGAGGAUGUAAGUCUGCAGUUUAAUAUAUCCUAAGCUUUCGCCCUAACUCCUUGAAUAAAUCGUCAUUAAACCGAGUCCCUGCUAAUUCUCUCUAGCUCUUUGAGAAUCUCCGCAAAAGCGACCCGAAGAAACUAGAGGCAGAAGAGAAGGCUCUAAGGGAACGAGAGGCUGCGCAGCGGGCAAAGGCACAAGAGAGGCUAAGGGAAUUGGUGCGAAACUCCUCGAUUUAUGAUGCGCAAAAUAGAAACUAAAGGAUUUAGGUUGCAAGCAAUUCAACCCUUCCAGUUACCAUCUCCUCGAUACGACUUAUUGGUGCCGAAAACACGAGGAGAUCUUUCCUAGACCGAUUAUUCAACCCAAUCCUGAGCGUCAAUCGACAAAAAGUGUAUACGCUUUCAGAAGCAUUACAAGAAGUUGGUUCGGCAGCAGACAAGCUACGGAAAUUUGGUAAACAAGAAAGAACCCAGCAAUUGGAUCAUCUACUGGCACUAACAGCUGCCAGAAAUCUAUCGAGAUGGCAUAUCAAUGUUCAUUGACCGCCCCUCUCAAACUGAUCCUUCCUCCACACCUACCGACAUCGAUAUAUACCUUCAAGCCCGCGAGCGUGGCAGAAUAGCCCUGAAAACCGGGACUGAUCUCGGAAACGUUGAAGGCUCGGCAUAUGGAAAUCUCACAUGGAGAAAUAUUUUUGGUGGGGCAGAAUCACUCAAUCUGAAUGCUUCAGCAGGCACGAGAACUCGAUCCGCAUACCAGGCAGUUUUCGAUAUACCAAUUCUUAGUGACCCAGACAAACGACUUUCUAUAGACGCAGUUUCUAGCUCAACACUCAAGCCAUGGGCAAAUCAUGAAGAAGCAGUUAAAGGUGCUGGUGCGAAGUACAGCUGGACCACAGAAAAUGGAACAAGACAUCAGGUAGGAUACACUGGGGCAUGGAGACAAAUUACUGGACUUGCACCAACAGCAUCUCCUACAAUUCGGAAUGAUGCUGGAGAUAGCUUCAAAAGCAGUAUAUCACAUACCUGGAUCACAGACCGACGAGACCACCCAUUCCUCCCAACAAACGGAUAUCUCAUGAAGACCGUGUCUGAAAUAGCAGGAUGGGGUCCUCUACGCGGAGACAUAGCCUUCUGGAAAUCAGAAAUGGAGACGUCAGCAUCUCGCCCCGUCCCAAUUCCAGGAAUCAAAGGCAAUAGCGGGGUAAGCUUCGCAACCGGUUUCCGAGCAGGUGUUCUCUACCCUCUCCCAGUCGGGUUUGGAUCCACGUCCCAACCCUCAAGAACAAACGACCGUUUCCAACUCGGAGGACCAACCGACGUUCGAGGCUUCAAAAUGGGAGGUCUCGGUCCAAGAGAUGGUGCAGAUGCGGUGGGAGGUGAUGUCUACGCAGCUGGAUCCGCAAACCUUCUUUUCCCCGUUCCACGCGUAGGAAAAGAUAGUCCUCUCCGCUUCCAGCUUUUCGCAAAUGCAGGGCGGUUAUUGGCGUUGAAAAACCAAGACGAUGAUACUUCAAAGAGUGUAUACAGUACCGUUGCCAAACUCGGCGACGGAUUACCGAGUCUUUCGGCAGGUGUGGGUCUUGUUUACGCGCAUCCUGUUGCGAGGUUCGAGUUGAACUUUGCUUUACCGCUUGUAGUAAGGAGUGGUGAGGAGGCGAGGAAGGGAUUGCAGUUUGGGGUUGGCCUUACUUUCUUGUGAGGAAAGUCGAAGAAUGCCUUUCUGGCAUGAGGGAGCGCUGUAUAUGAAGAUGUAUAUUCUACUGUAAGCUAAUGUGAAAGAAUAGUAGAGGGGGCUGAACGGUGGAGAGAAUCGAAAAAGACAAAAUCAAAAAUGCAAAUCCCAAUACCAAAA